CUCAGCCUGGCUGGCGCGUUCCUGUGCGUCACCUACUGGCGGGCGCGUGCUUCAAAACACGAGCGACUGGAUGUUAGCAGCAAACUAGCUACCAAAAAGGGAACGAGUCAUUGGUGUAGAGUCAUAGCAACGCAGUUCCAACAACUUUUGCUUUAUCCCGUUUUCGGUGUGCUUGCCUUCGAAUCUGUGAUGUUCUAGUCACGUUGUUUUCUUUUUGCUAAAUAGUAAACAACACAACACAUCGCUCCACAUUGGACCGAGCGCAACAGAAGUGGCACACGAAUUAAACGCGCAUGCGCAUUGGAUCCGCUCUUUGCUGUGAAAGAAAAAUGGCCGUAGCGAUGCAGAUGGAAGAUUUCCCCUACUUACCUUCUGGACCAGCGGAGGUCAACAAGAUGAUCAAGGAACACGGUGACCUGUUUUCUGACUCCCAGUGUAAAGUCUGCAGUGCUGUUCUCAUUUCGGAGUCCCAGAAGUUGACCCACUACCAGAGUAAGAAGCAUGCCAACAAGGUGCGGCGUUACCUUUGCAUCCAAAAUGACAAGGAGCCCUCCUUGAAGAAGUUUAAGCCUGAAUCAUCUGUACCUGACAGCGCCUGUAACAACGGAGAAGCAGAGCGAUAUAAAUUGUGUAACCUGUGUAACAUGACCUUCUCCUCGGCGGUGAUGGCCCAGUCCCAUUACCAGGGGAAGGUGCACGCCAAGAACCUCCGGCUGAAGACAGUGGGCCCUCAAACAGCAGCGCCCCAGGCCACCGCGACAGCCCCCCAGCCCAAGAAGAGCCCAUCCGCCGCCGCCGCCACCGCCACCGAGGCCAGGGGGGCGGGGGCUGCGGCGGGGACGGCGGGGACGGGGGACCCGGACCGCUUCUGCUCCAUCUGCGAGGCGUCCUUCAACAACCCCCUGAUGGCGCAGCAGCACUACGCCGGCAAGAAGCAUAAAAAGCAGCUGACCAAGCAGAAGCUGAUGGAGACGUACGGGCCCUCUACAUCGCCAGGUCAGGCCGGCGUCGCUCGCCACGCCUCCACGGUGAAGGGCUACUCCUGCACCCUCUGCAACAUCGACCUGAACUCGGUGGAACAGUACCAGGCCCACAUCAGUGGCGCCAAACAUAAGAACCAAAUGAAAAAAUCGGGCAUGGGCUCCACAGAAAACCAGCAUAAAACGACACAGAACCAGUUCCCCGCUGGCGACUACCAGGCGGCCGACGGGGCCAACCAGUUUUCCACCGGAGACUACCAGUCCGUCGACAUGGGCGACCAGUUCAGCACGGGCGACUACCAGUCGGUUGCCCCUGGCAACGAGUACUCUGGCGGGUCGGACCCCUACAUUGCCACGGAACACCAGUACAUGUCGGAGGGCAACCAGUAUUCAACUGGCAUACCGGAAUGCCAGUACACCUGAGACUGCGAACAGGAGGCCCCCCACCCCACGAAGCUUCAGCCAGGAGAGAGACAGCGACAGACCCCAUUUUAGGAUCGAAUCCCACUACUAAACCAUCAGUUGACGACACCACCACCACCACCACCUGGUCCCUUUUGAACCCCCUGCAUUCAUUUCUUUUGGUUUGUUCCAAAAAAAAAAAAAGUUCAAGUCAUGUAUUUGGUUGGCCUUCCAAACAUUUUUGGAUCGUAAAAAAAAGAAACUAACAAAAACUGUCUUAGGCCGUGUUCACAUUUAGCGUAUUUUGUAAUAGGGAAAAGUUGAGCCGACCGCUUUAAAAAAUUAAGAAAAAGAAACUGUCAGCGUUUUUUGUCCAAAAAGCGCCAAGAGCGUUUUUCUAUUGCCUAGCAACGAACCCAUUCUGGACCCGACGUUACUCGCCUACUACGUAUCCAGGCUGAAGCCCAUUAGACAUGUCGUAGAUAUCGACGUGUUCUGUAAUUCAAAUUCUGUAAUGUUCUCUUAAUCGCUCCACCGGCACUUUCCCGAGUGAUUUGUCUGCCAUUGUUUCUUGUUUUGACAGUUGAGAGUUUCCUUCCUGACGAAGUGUCAAUGUUCCGCUUGUGAUUGGUCAGUUGUCAAAAAGACGCCUGACGUCGGCCGUUUUCUUCCUGAAAGUUGAACUUUUUUCAAUGCUCCGUAUGGCACAAAAAAACGCUGGGAGAGGCGUUUAAAAAAACGGCCGUUACUUUUUCCAGAAACGCUCUGCUCCAUAGGAAUAUAAUGUAAAACAAGAUUUAAAAAAAAGCUAGAUGUGAACACGGCCUUAGGCAAUUUCUGUGGGUCUUCAUAAACCUAAGAUCUCCAAGCAGCCUCUCCAGUGUUGGGGUGAUCCAGAAGCCCCCGGUUUGAUAGCCCCCGGCCCCCGCGUCGUCCCAGGAGGUCUCCAGGCCAUUGAAGACACUUCAAUGGCACUUCAUGUAUGCGCUCCAGAAACCCCAUGUUCUAGAAGGAAGCCGCUAUGUCUUAAGAAUCUUAAGUGUACACCAGAGGAUAAGACCCGGGAGCUGCUUGCUCGCUGUUUCUGGCCCUUUUUAGGAUCGAGGCAUUUGUUAAAUUCCCUGAAUUCCUCGGCGGUCCUACCGCAGGCCAUGGAGAAUAGAUUCCAAGUUCCCCCAUCCGCUCCGAUGACGCCUAUGAUCCAAAUAGACUGGCCCCUGUGAUGGGUUGAACUUGGUUACGACAGGAAUGGAAACCAAAACCUAAAUAUCGGGAUUCCUGCCCUUAUUCAAUUUUGGCAUGCAUGAUAUCCAAUUUUUUAACCCCCCAUUACGACUGCCCUCCUUAUACCACCGCUCAAAACAAACCCAAAUUAUUUACCAUGUUGUCUGAGGUCCUUUUAUUUCUUCAUGAGCUUCUGAAAGCCAUCGCCCCAAACUCAACGUCGAGGCCCCAGCAGUGGGAAGGGGCAGGCUAACAGUAGCAGCAGCUAAAACAGAGAACUACAGCUAGGGCUUAAACACUCCCAACUUAUUCCAGACUGCAUUACCAAGCUGACUCUUACAGUUUUAACAACCUCAACAAAGCAAUGCUAAAGAUGUCCACUGGGUAAUGGUUGCGACGUGUGGUCUCCCUUCUGUGUUUGGUCAACGGCAGCCCUUGACAGGAUCCGCUGUAGGGCGGCUAACUGGACGUCCACCUGGUCGACGUGCUGACGGUCUCUCUCCGUUUGAAUAUCCCUUUAAGUAGUAGUUACGUCCUUGUAAUACUCUAUGUAUAUUGUUAUUUACUUUCGAAAAAAAAUCUAAAUUCAGUAUGGUUUAUUGUUAGAAUGUAAUUGGUAGGCUACAAGUGGCCUACAGGUCCAGAUACCUUCAGGAGAUAACCUGGCCACGGGCUUCCUUGACCAACGGCCCCAGCCAGGCCUAACCCUGGAAAGGACCUUGACCAGGAAGACCAGUUGAAAUCCCACUGACAUUGUGACUGAGGCAGAGAAAUAUACUAACCAGGUUUGUGUCCAUGUGUGGUAUCUCCAUUUCAGUGUGUCCUGAUAGAGCAGGGUAACUAUACUUUUUUUUUUUUAGAGUUGAGUCUGUAAUUCUUGGGGUCAUAAGGUCAAUACCAGGUUACACUAAUUUAUACGUUUUUAAAUUCUCGGUUGGAUUUUAGCCUUGGUUCCAUAAUCAGUGUCUUGUCAUUUCGUUGUGGGUGGUCAAAACGUGUUUUGAAACUAGAAAAUGUGAUAGUGGAAUCACAUCACCCCUAUGAUUUUGUGUUUUGACUAAAUAUUAACUUUUACUUGCUUAAAGGAAAAGUAAACUAGACAUGUGUGUUAUUAGCUGCUGAAACGCUAAGAUGUCGGUUUGACCACAUCAUGUCAGAUGGCCACUCCUUGUUUUGUACCGACUGCUCCAUUAGGCUAUUUACUUGGCAGGUGUUAUAAAUGAAAUUGAAGCUAACUUAACACAUUGGCCGGUUUGGAUAAGGCUGUUACAGUCCAUUUGCUUUUUAUUUUAUUUUUUAUCGCUUGUUAUCUAUUUGAACUGACUCUUCUUACACUUACAUUAAAACUUCAUACCGUUUAGAUUUGCGGUAAAAGCAUUUUUCUUUUCUCAAACGGACAACCCAAGUUGUACACUUGGAAUUUUUAUUUGAAUUAAUUUAAUAUAAAUGUGAACUAUUUUGCAACAGGAACAGCUGUUAAUAAAUUGCAAGUUUUGCAUUUGGAACAGAUGCAAAGCUAUAGGCCUACUUUUAUUUUGUUACCUGCACUGUAGGCUAUAGCCUCUCUGCAGAUAGGCUACUAUAGCCUCCAGCCCACAGUGACUUCUUUCAGACUGGAUCAAAGCUUCGUGUGUGUUUCAAAUGUGUCUGGAGCAGACAAAUUACAGCAGUCAAUCCGUUGUGUUCUUCUCUGCCUCACAGGGUCUGGCAAAAAGUGUGUGUGAGCACGUAGUGAUCCCGAAAGACUAAUGGAUAUGUUUAUAUUGAACCUCCUGACCAAUCAUUCAUAACGGUACACAAUUAUUUCACUAAGUGGGCGUGGCCUAUCUGCGUUUACGCUGGACGAUGGAAAGCGUUCCUGUCCCGGGUCACACUUGUUAGUCUGUGACCUGGUGAAGAAAACCUUGUCUGCCCCACAUUGAAUAUCAAGACUAAAAAGCCUUCAUCUUGUGUACCUCGGCCAUAGCAGUGUGUUAUUUGCUUUAGCCACGUGAAUAUGCGAGUAGCGGGUCGUAGCUGUUCGUAUAACAGUUGAUGUCAUGAAGCCGGACGUUUGAUUCUACAUUUUAUAGGAGCUUACUUCGCUGCUGCCCAGUAUUUAUGUGCAAUCUUGAUAGAGUACACCGGUUUAUUUUGUACCUGAAAUCUUUUUCUUAUAUUUUAAUGUUUAUUUGAAAAGUUGUGAGGGGUGAUGCAUUGUGGGGUGGGUGAUGGAAGGGCCCCAGAUGCUGUUCAUCGUCUUGAACUUUUUUAAGUUGUCGGGGAAAGUUUUUAGUACUUUUUCUGAACGGUUCCCUACUCCUGUGAUCAAGAGAAGCAGAAUCUGGUCCUGGUGAUGGGACGAGUGCUCAUCAACACACACACACACACACACACACACACACACACACACACACACACACACACACACACACACACACACACACACACACACACACACACACACACACACACACACACACACACACACACACACACACACACACAAAUAUUGUACAUGAUACCGGCAAAAUAACAUUGCUUUUAAAAACCUCCUUGUUGCGUGUAGCUGUUGUGUUGUAUAUUAUAAGAUUUAUUUUCCAGACAAACUAUAUGUAUAUUCAAUAAGUGCUACCAAGUUGUGCAUCUAGUAAAGGACAUGUUUGAAUUUGAUUGUGUGCUUCAGAAGGCUCUUUGUAGGACGUAAGAUGCAGACGUGUAGGGGAAGGGGAACUGAGAAAUCCUUUGAGACGAUUGCUGUUUUUCUGGAGAGUAAUAAUAGUUGGACUUCUAUUUAUGUACAGGUAUAUGAGCUUUCGAAUUCAUAUUUUGAAUGCCAUUAGGUACUGCCCUAUUAAUUCUGAAUAAAUAAAUCGUGUAGAGUACAAAUACAACACGACUGAUUUUUGUUUUUGCGCAGUUGGUCUCUCUUGGGGUCCCUAGAUACGGAAAAGGAUUAGGGCCACAUGUGAUUAUUUUUUCGGAGUUCUGAAUUUUUACUCUCAGAAAAACGAUUUCUGACUUAAAUCAGAUUUCUGUUAUUAAAAAAAGUUUUAUAACAACACUACAUCCUACAGUGACAUACAGCGGCCACUAAGGGGCAGCAACCCAUUUGUGAUGAGAGCGGUGUGGGCUUUUAUUAUCGUCUUUGUGUGUGUGGCUGCGUAAAC